AUGAAUGAAGUACCAGAAAAUUAUCGUGCGAGUGCUAAUAAAUUAGUAGAAUCCUGGUACGUUGAUAAUUUAGUUACAAGUGUGAAUGAUGAAUCAGAAUUAAAGAAGUUAAAAAAUGAUGCCACUGAAAUUUUGGCAAGUGCUAAAUUUGAAUUACAAGAGUGGGCAUAUAACUAUCCUCGAAAUAAAAGGGAUGCAUUUGUUGUUGAACCCAUUUUAGAACAGUCGAAGCUUGAUAAAUUAAAUGAGAAUGAGUUUUUCGAUGAUCCUUGUGAAGCUAAAACGGUCAACAUUUUGGGACUUCUUUGGAAUUUGCAUGAUGACACAUUAAAAAUAAAAAUUCCUCGACAGAUGAUGCUUAAUAUUGAUUCUGAAUUGAAAUUAUCCUUUCAUAUAUUUUGUGAUGCAUCCCGAAUGGCAUAUGCAACCUGCGUUUAUUUAAGAAAUGAAAAUGAAAAUGAAGUUUCUUGUCAUUUAGUUCAAGCACGAUCUAGAGUUGCUCCUCUAAAACCCACAUCAAUUUGUAGACUAGAAUUAUUAGCUUGUGUUGUUGGUGCAAGAUUAAUGAAAUCUAUAAAACAAGAUUUGAAGGAAGAAAAUAUACCUACGUUUUAUUGGACAGAUUCAAGGAACACAUUGUACUGGAUUAAGAAUGAAGAAAAUUGGGGUGUAUUUGUUAUGAAUAGAGUGAAAGAAAUACGAGCUCUUACUAAUCCUGAUGCAUGGAAUUAUGUUCCUGGCAACUUGAAUCCUGCGGAUAUUCCGUCAAGAGGAUGUUCUGUUGAAACUAUUAAAGCCAAAAGAUGGCAUGAAGGUCCAGCAUGGUUGAAGUUGAAUCCAGACUGUUGGCCUACUUGUGAUAUUUCUCCUGACAAAGAUAUGAUUGAUCGAGAAAGAAGAAAAACAGUUGUAUCCUCGUUAACAAAUGUAGAUGAAGAAUUUUCGCAUUUCUCACGAAUUUCUUCUUUUGAGAAAAUAAUUAGAGUUACAGCCUGGAUAAAAAGGUAUAUUGAUAACUGCAGAGAUAAAAACAGAACAACGUCAAAGAACUUAGAAAUCGAAGAAUUGAAUGCAGCUGAAGUCCUUGUUUGGAAAAUUGUGCAAAGGGUCUCCUUUAAAACAGAAAAGGAUAAACGCUUACGAAAUUUAAAACCAUUUGUUGAUUCAUCUGGUCUUUUAAGAGUAAAGUCAAGAAUAUUAAUGAGACAAGACUUCGAAAAUUUUAGAACACCUGUAAUCCUACCUCCUGAACAUCCAGUUGUCUCUAAACUGAUUAUGGAAAAACAUGAACAACAAAUGCAUUGCGGAACUCAGACUUUAAUGGCAAUGCUACGAGAAAAUUUCUGGAUUUUGAAAAGUCGUAAAACUAUUCGUAAAGUGUUGAAAAACUGCACUAAAUGUAGAAGAUUUGAUUCGAGGCCCUCCACGGUACAAUCCGCACCUUUGCCAAAGGACCGUGUUAAAGAUUCUUCUAUUUUUGAAGUGACAGGUAUCGACUUAGCUGGCCCUUUGUUUUUAAAAAAUGGAUCGAAAACGUGGAUCGUUUUAUUUACAUGUGCUGUAUACAGGGCAAUUCAUCUUGAACUUUUAACGUCUUUGUCAACAGAUAACUUUUUAUUGGCUUUCCGACGUUUCAUAGCACGCAGAGGAAGACCUGAAAUUGUCUACACUGAUAACGGUAGUAAUUUUAUUGGUACAAAUUCGCUCUUAAAAAUGAUUGACUGGGAUAAACUCAUUAAAAAUCAUGUUGUCAACCGUUAA